AUGCCGUCGGACCAAUGGACCAUAGGGACGUCGCCGGAAAACAAAAUAUCUGUGGUCAUGGCAGACUGUGACAUUUCUGGAAGUGACAGUAUGAGUGAAUGCACCACCGCUGCAUCGAGUGGAUCUCUUAUCUAUGCUGUCCCCGAUGACUUAAUACAGACGAUUUUGCAACAUCUGAGUGUGACCGACCUGUGUCACGUAGCAUCAUGCUGCCGUUGGCUACGCGAUGCAACCAAUCAGGAUUCACUCUGGCGCCCUCUUUGUAAAAGUAGAGGAUGGGAGCACUAUGGCACCACCACAGACCUGGCUAAGAUAGCCUCCUACGGACCUUCCGAGCAAGUAACCGAUACUAGUGGAGCAGGGGACGACAUUGUCACCUUCCAGGAAGAUAGGAUCGUGACUGAUGACAACACAGGGUGCUUAACCAGCACUUGCCGGUGGAAAGGCGUCUACAUGAGAGCUUACCAUCUGGAUAGAAACUGGGCUACAAAUUCAUCUCAUUUCAAGAGGUUUAUUAACCUUGAUCUGGGAGAAACACAAGGUCCCGAAAGUCCUAGUUUCUGUAUCGAUGGGGAUCUACUGGCCAUUAAAAAAGGUCGUCAAGCAAUCCAGGUAUAUAAUAUUCGGAAGAAGGCCAUUCAGUGUGUUCUUCCUCCCAUCGAACCAACGUACAAUUGUGAUUGGGACCGUGGAUUUGAGUUCAGAGAUGGCGUAAUUGUGGUGCCUUGCAGUGAUGGGGUGGCAUAUGCGUUUGAUGCAAGCACAGGAGCGCUGCUUCAAAAAAUAAGUGGUAACUGGAGCCGCAGCUCUGUGUCAAUGUUCUUUGAUGGUGAACUGAUCAUCACCUAUGUGUAUACUUUUCAGACGAAUGUUGAUAAGAACAGCGAGAAGUUCCGUGACAUUUUCGUGUGGUGUGUAAAAGACAGCCGACAUCAACGCAUCCUAACAGUGGACCCUUCUGAGGGUGUCUGCGUUUGUUAUAACGCGGACUAUCGGGACAAGAUAGUAGCAGCUUUCUACGAUGAUGACUACAUUCGCGUGUGGGAUGCGAGGAGCGGGGAGUGUUUGCAUAAACUAAAAUGCCCAGGGGAAAAGUCAAACGUCAAACUUGGCGAUAAUGUUAUCGUUGGUUUCAGUAAGGCAAUCGACGAGGAAGUGUGCGAUAUUAUUAUUUGGAGCCAAGGCACGGGAGUUUGUCAAAAGGUGAUACGUAAAGCAUCGGGUUACUGGAUGUACCCUUAUGCGCAGGUCGUGAAUGAUUUUAUAUUAUGGCAUGAAAGGAAAAAAUCUGGCGAUGCGACUUACUCCCUGUACAUUUACAAUUUACGUAAAGAAUCGGUAACGGAGAUGGUGCAUCAUUGCGAAGAUACUACAGGAAACGGAAGCAAGCUCGUCUACUUUGUUUUAAACGAGCUAGUCAAAGGGAUAAAGAGAACAGGGAAAAGGGUCGUCUUCAACGCCGCUCCAAAUGGCUUGGUACGACUCUUCGAUGUUGGUCUUUACCAGGUCAUCUGGAUUGACGACAUCAGAAUGAUCCUCUAUGACGAUAGAGAGCAAAGACUUCUUUUCCAUCAUUUCUGGUAA